ACAUCACCAUAAAUCAUUCAUUAUGUUUGAUGAAUUCCAUGAACUUGAUUGUGCAAUGCUUGCAAGCUAUGAUAUCAUAAAACACGAACAAAUUCAAAAAUUAUUUCUAUCAAAUUAUGUUCCUUUGGAAAUAGAUGGUCUCACUAAUAUCCAUGAUCUUCAUCAAGUCUACCAGAAUAUAAAGAGUUCGUCUAUCAUUACUAUGGGUCUAGAUUUACCCGGAAAACGAAUCAUGAUUGAUGAAGUCCCCACUAGUCCAGAUGAUAUGAAGCAAACAAGUGGGCGUGCAAACCGGAGUCAAUAA